AUGUUUGCCAAACUGUCCAUCGUUGCAGUCUGCAGCAUGCUCGCUGUAGCUUCUGCCAACCCACAUGUGCUGACUCCCAUCGGUCCUGCUGUUGUUACGGCCCAAAGUUCACAGGUGUUCGCCCGGACGUACAACGGUUUCGUGCCCUUCGCUGUUCCGGCUCCCGUCCCUGCUCCGGUUCCCGCUCCGGCCUUCCACUAUCAUACACCCGCCUUCGUUCUACCUGCAGCACCCGGGCCAGUAUUCUACCCACAGCCCGUCGUCUACAACCCUCCAACGGCCGUACCGGUUCCGGUCCCGGUACCGGCUGCUCCGGCCGCCGUACUGCCGACGGUGGAGGCCGCAGCACCCGCUGCUAAGCUGGUGGCCGCUGCACCGGUGGCGAAAGUUGCGAAGCUCGUACGACCCGCUCCAUUCCACGCCACCUUCCGCUAUCGGUCUGUCGUUGCCUAA